CACACACACACACACACACACACACAGUGGUAAAUAUUAACUAGACCAGUGUGGCUGCGUGUCAAAGGAAGUUUUUUUUUUUUUUUUACUUUACAGCCGAACAUGGCGGCGACCAGCUGUGUGCGCUCUAAAGGACAGAUGUUGUACAGGUAUUCUGUGAAUUUGCAGCACGCGACCAGGAGGUUUUCAGAGAGCAGCGACAAAGGCUGGUUCCGUUCCUUGUUUGUGCACAAAGUCGAUGCCAGAAAAGAUGCCCACUCCAACCUGCUGUCAAAGAAAGAGACCAGCAACCUGUAUAAAAUUCAAUUUCAUAACGUCAAACCGGAGUGCCUGGAAGCAUACAACAGUCUAGAGGCUGAGGUGCAAAACAGGCUCCAUCAGGACCAGGACUACCCAUGUGAGGUGGUCGGAAGCUGGAACACCUGGUACGGAGAGCAGGACCAAGCUGUGCAUCUAUGGCGAUACAGAGGAGGCUACCCAGCUUUGACUGAAUGCCUGGAGAAGCUGAACAAUAACAAGGAGUAUUUAGAGUUUCGGAAAGAGAGGGCAAAAAUGUUGAUUUCGAGGCAAAAUCAGCUCCUCCUGGAGUUCAGUUUCUGGAAUGAACCCUUUCCCAGACCAGGCCCCAACAUCUAUGAAAUGCGCACAUAUCAUCUCAAGCCAGGAACUAUGAUUGAAUGGGGAAACCACUGGGCAAGGGCAAUCAAAUACAGACAGGAAAACAACGAAGCAGUGGGCGGGUUCUUCUCACAGAUCGGUGAUCUGUAUGUAGUUCAUCAUUUGUGGGCUUAUGAAAGUCUCCAGUCCCGCGAGGAAACCAGGAACUCUGCCUGGCUGAAGGAGGGAUGGGAUGUAAAUGUGUAUUAUACAGUGCCUUUGAUCAGAAGCAUGGAGUCUAGAAUAAUGAUUCCCACCAAGAGUUCACCUUUACAAUAAAUGAUGACUGAAACUGGGGGAAUCUUUUGACCACUCAUUCACCCACUGCCAGAAAACCAUGUAUAUUCUUUUUUAAAAUCUGUUAGAUGAUCCGUGUUACAUCCAAGUAUGUAAACAAAAAAGUUUUCCGAUUUCUAUAUUUGCAACCAGUCACGACAAGUAAUGCUGCAGUGUUUGUGCACAUAUAUUUUGAGAAUCAUGAUAUGUUUGUGGAAAAAGAAACUUGCACAAUAAAAUGCCAGAUUAUGUGUUACAUUUUUCACUAUAUAGAAUGACAAUUACAUGACAGAGCUAGCUGUG